AUGGAACUCGUGGCUUCAGCAGCAGAAAUAUACCACACUAAAGAUCCUGGUAUAUUUGUUUUAUUAUCUGGUUGUGGUGGGUAUAACCCUUUAAUAUUUAAAGCCGUCGAACGCAAUUGGAAGAUAAAAAUAUGGUCUUGGUCCUCAGCUCUCCCUGGAAAAAAUCAUACCCUUGCAUUAACUGGUGAAACAGUUGGAAAAUGGGGGAAUGAUGAAAUUAUGAAAUGUUUUUGUUUCACUAUAAUUAUUUGCUCGAUGGUAUAG